GGGGCGGGGCCUGGAGCAAAGCAGGCCCGCCUUGAAUUGCACGGGCUGAGCGGAGUGACGUCACUUGUCCCCGAGGCUCAGACCGUCGGAAGGGCUCGCGCGGCCACCUCCCCCUCCCACGGACAACUGCCCCAACGGCUCUUUCCGCCCCGGUCACGACUCCGUGGAGUGGGAGGGGCGUAGUCUCCUGAAGGCGCUUGUCAAGAAAUCUGCGUUGUGGUGAGUAUCCCGCAGCGUCUCGCCGUUCCGUCCGAUGAGGGAGCCUGGGUCCCACUCUGACAGUCCCCCUCAUCUCUGCCUCAGUGGUGAGCAAGUCCACGUCCUGGGCUGUGAAGUGAGCGAAGAAGAGUUUCGUGAAGGUUUUGACUCCAAUAUCAACAGCCGGCUGGUUUACCAUGAUCUCUUUAGAGACCCUCUCAGCUGGUCAAAACCUGGGAAAGCCCUUCCUGGAGGGCCCCUGGAAGCCUUGAGGGCCCUGGACAAGAGGACAGUUUCUGGCCCUGCCACCAUUGCUCUUGAUUCCCUCAGCUGGUUGCUGCAUCACCUUCCCUGCCCCACACUCUGCCAGACCCUGCAUGCGCUGAGCCGUCAGGACUCCUGCCCUGGUGACACCCCCCCAGGUGAGCAGGUGCGUGUGCUGGGCCUGCUGCAUGAAGAGCUUCACGGCCCAGGCCCUUUGGGAGCAUUGAGCAGCCUUGCUCAGACCGAGGUGACCCUGAGUGGUACGAUGGGCCAGGCAUCGGCUCACAUCCUCUGUCGGAGGCCGAGACAGCGCCCCACCCACCAGACUCAGUGGUUCUCCAUCCUUCCUGACUUCAGCUUGGAGCUCCAAGCGGAGCCGCCACUGGAAUCCCAGCCCCGCUCAGAUCCUCAUACUCCCUCGGUGGACCCCACUACUCAUUUGACUUUUAACCUUCAUCUGUCCAAGAAGGAGAGAGAAGCCAAAGAUAGCCUGACUCUGCCCUUCCAGUUCAGCUCGGAAAAACAGCAGGCUCUACUGCGCCCUGGGCUGGGCCAGGCUACCAGCCACAUCUUCUAUGAGCCAGAUGCUUAUGAUGACCUGGAUCAAGAAGACCCAGACGAUGACCUAGAUGUUUGAUUGUCUAGGAGAUUUGACUAGACUGCAGUAGAAGGGGAAGAGGAAGACUACAGGCCUGUAACCAUCCUUCAAUGUGUGUGUUGGCAUUAGCCUGUCUCUGCUCCAUCUUUGUUCCCUGUAUCUAUGGAGGCCCUGCCCUGUGACCCAUGAGCCAGGGAGCAGCUUCCAGUGAGAAGUGGGCUGGAGGCAUAAGGGAAAGUGACAGGAUAGGAACACCACCUCCCCCCAACCCUAAUAAAAUAUUUUAUUUUGUAUUAAAAG